AUGCGCACAGGGAUUCCUAUGGCCGGCCGCCCCUCCUCCUCUCACGUCCCCAAGAAUGGCACUUUGCUCCUCCUGCAGGACCAGACCUCCUCCCAGGUUCCCUCUGCCAUGGCGUCCCACUCCCCAGACCAUAGGACAUUGCUCCUCCACCUGCUACACACGCUCCUUAGCCCCUCAGGCUGUGCCCACACACCCAACCUUAGGCCUCUCCCCUCAACUGACCUCUGGAGCCUGAAUCUCAGUGCCCAGCCGCCGCCUAAGCAUUUCAGGCUGUGGUGUCCGGAAAUUAGAGAGAAUACUCAGGCAAGUUACUUCUGUCAGAUUCCAAGGGGAAGACUCUUAAGUAAAAACGAGAAACACGAAGAGAAACUGGUCAUGUUCACCAAUCAAUCAGAAGAUUCCGAAAGAUGCGAAAGCAUGGAGCUGGAUAAUAAAAUCUGCGAUCUGAUUGAGAGGAAUGCUUCUUUUGAUCCCAAAGGGGUCACUCCGGGGGCCAUGCUGAGUCACAAAAGUCUGUGUCCUGUAAAGACUCCAGGAAAAACGGCUUCUGUGGCACAUUUUGUCCCGAGCACAAGUAGAAUGAGUGGUGCAGAAAGUUCUACAGAGCAUGCAGAGUGUGCUCAAUCGUCUAGAAGAAAGAAUUUAAAUUCUCUUGAACAAAAGAUACGGUCCCUGGAAAAACAGAGAAAAGAGCUCCUGGAAGUUAACCAGCAAUGGGAUCAGCAAUUUAGAAAUAUGAAAGAGUUAUAUGAAAGAAAGGUCGCAGAGCUGAAAACGAAAUUGGAUGCAGCAGAAAAAGUCCUGGGCACGCUGGAGAAAGAGCGGCAGCCAAGUUUGAGAGAGAGCGGCGCACGGAGCGACCAGACCUGGGACAAGCUGCGUGAGGAGAAGGAAAAGGAGAGCCUAAACGAAGAAUUACAUGAAUUGAAGAAAGAAAAUAAGCUGUUGAAGGAAAAAAAUGCUCUGGCAAACCAGAAGAAGCAACGUUAUGAAUAUGAAAUAAAACGCCUCAAUAAGGCUCUUCAGGAUGCCUUGAAGUUAGAAAGUUCUUCAUCUCCUGAAGACUGUUUGGGGACGUGUGAAAUGGAGUGCAGCCAUGAGGAGAUGAAAACAGAAAUGGAAGUUCUCAAACAGCAGGUACAAAUAUAUGAAGAAGACUUCAAAAAGGAGCGAUCAGACCGAGAAAGACUUAAUCAAGAAAAAGUGGAACUACAGAAAAUUAAUCAAACUUCUCAAUCCCAGCUGAACAAGCUGAAUUCUCAGUUAAAAGCUUGUCAGAUGGAGAAAGAAAAACUAGAAAGGCAGUUAAAACAGAUGUAUUUCCCAACCUGUAAUUGCGGCUGGAAUUUCCAUCUGCGGGAUCCAUGUGUACCAACAGGUCCUGGGGCUGUGCAGGAUCUACAAAAGCACCCGCCAGACUAUCGGUGGUAUGCUCCUGACCAAUUUCCGCCAGAUGUGCAGCACAAGGCAAAUGCUUUCUCCUCAGAAAAGAAAGCCAAUCAGUAGAAGCACACCAGCGGAGGAGCACAGAGGCCAAGGGAGCCCUUGGCCCGAGGCCCUCGUUCUUCUCUCUACUGUGGUCUGUGUCUGCACAUCGUCUACUCCACCGUUUGUGUCGGUAAUGUUUCCCUUUGGCAUGGAUGGAGGAUAAGGCUGUAACAGCUGAGAUCCUGACCAAGUCUGAGGAGGCGGAAUCUCACAACCUCAUAACAUCAGUUUCCUCGAAAUGAGAUUUGACAGAUGGAUUAUGGGCCUUUCCUAGAAACUCUCUUCAGCAUAUUGCUAUUGGAUUUUCAGGGAUGAUUUCAUGAUUUCAGCCACUCCACUUGAAGUGCAGUGAUAUUGUAUGUUGAUUUAAAUAUAUGUUCCCUGGGGGAAAAGUUUUUGCAGUUGUAAAAUUUUAACAUUGCUCCCAUUAUUUUUAUAGGGGCAUAGUUCUUUAGUCAGUUUAACUCGAUGCCACUAUGUUCGUCAUUGUUGGCCUUAGUGAACUGUAAAUAGAACUGAAGAGGUGUAUGUACUUCACCUCUAUACUAAAUGAGUGGUUAAAUCUGUAUAAAAUGGUAAACUUGAAACUAUUCUUUAAACAAAUCAUUUCUUUAAGAUGAGAAAUUGUGAGCAUACCUCAUUUUUAGGUGAACUAGAUUGUGAAAGAUAAAAUCCUUAUGUGAUGGUGAUAGCUUUGCUGUGUACAUGUAUACUCACAGAAGUAGUUCAGAGAUAGUUGGAUUUGCAUUAAAUCUAUGUUUUUUCUUCCUGUACAUUUGAGUAAUCAUUACCAAAAAACAUGGCUCUCUUUUCUCAAACCAACAAAAAAUGGAAAAUGAAUGUCUCCAAAUUUUAUUGCAAUUAAAUUAUACAGUGACAUGACAGAUGUCUAAAAAAUAAGCAGAUUUAAAAAGGAUUAAGUUCAUCCAUUUAAUAAGGAUUCUGCUAGGACCAUCUGGAGAUCCUUCGUGGGCUGGUAUAAAGCAGGAGUGUGAGGUCCACAGAUAAAAGAAAACCAGGAGUAUCUGCUGUAGCUGCAGUCAAACAAUCCAGAGAUGUAGCUGAGACUAUCUGGCUCCAACUUCCAGAAGUUAGUCUGCUUAAUUCCAGCUCAGUUUUUUUUUUCAAUUUAUGGAAAUAUUUGAAGCUUUGUCUAACACGAUGGCAAAAGAGCCUUAGGCAGUUGAAUACUUUCAAUCUCAGUCUGGCUACUUAAUGCUUGAUAAUUCUUGAGAAUGAAUUAUCCUUCUCUUACGUUAAUUCACUAAAGGGUUAUUUCUUCUAUUCCUUAUUAAAGAAACAAACCAUUCUUGGCCACUACUUCAGUAUAAGUGAAUCAGAAAAACAACAAUUGUAUCAAAACGUUCCCUUGUGGCACAGAGGAAAGGAACCCGAUUGGUACCCAUGAGGAUUUGCGUUCGAUCCCUGGCCUCGCCCAGUGUGUCGG